AGCUGAUCUCGCGCAAAACCUCAAGCUCUGAUGCUUUGUAAUUAGAUUCAAUCCAAUUCUGCUCCUCUCAUUCCCCUUGGAGAUCCAUGGCGGAGCAUGACAAGUCCACAACGCUCAUGGAGAAGAUCGUCGAAAAGAUCCAAGACCACAACGGUUCUUCGUCUUCCUCCUCCGAUGAAGACGACAGGCCAUCGCAUACCAACGCCUUGAAGUCCAAGAUUUAUCGCAUCUUCGGCAGGGAGAAACCCGUCCACAAAGUCUUAGGCGGUGGCAAACGUUCGCGUUUCGAAUCGCAAGAGCUACGGGCCAAAUAUGCGAUGUUGCUGUGAUUUUAUUUAUUCAACCACGGAAAUUGUUCAGAUUUCUUCAUUUAUGAAGAAUUUUCAAUUGUCUUGUUCUUUGUUUGUGGCAUGAUGAGUUGGUGCAUUUCUAGUAACAGUCUCAUGAUUUGAUAUUUUUU